AUGACGGCCAAAGAUCCGGAAAGGAAAAAAUUAUCGAAAGCGAUACUUCAAAUGAAAUUCAUGAAAAAAAGCAAAGACAGGUUCGACAAAGAGCGAGAUUUGGAAGAGGGAAGAGCCAUGUUUGCGAGCGAAGUGACCGAAGACAUGAGAACGAGCGGCAGUAAAAUAAUAAUAGAACCCAGUUACGUGCCGUGCGAGAAUUUGAUAACGGGAAGACUUUCUUAUCACGGAAUGAAUCCGGAAAUCGAAAGGUUGUUGUUUGCGGAAAAAAAACAAUCGAACGAAUUGAAACGGGAGAGAGUCGAGGAUAGCGACCAAGUGGACGUGAGCGAUGUGGAAAUGGCUCGAAGGUACACGUCGUUGGUGGGAACUCUGUCGAACAGAUUCAAGAGUAAAAAUAAUAGGAAAGCCAAAUCCGAGAGGAGCGAACCGCCGGCAAAAAAGGCGAAAUUUUUAAAACCGAACGAUGAUUAA